AUGCAAGGAUCAAGGGUCAGUGAUUAUGGAGGGUUGGGUAGGAGUUUACGAUAUCUGGAGGAACGAAGCAGUGAACUUCUGAUCGAUAAUCAAGGAGGCGAUAUGGAGAGCGAAGGAAGUGGUGCAUCACCGAUGCAUUUGAACAACACGACCACGAAUGAUCACUUAUCGGCUCUGGUCGCUCAUGUCACUUCUAAAACACAAUGUCCUGAGUGCGGAAAACAUUUUCGAAAAGGAUCUUCAUUGCAAGUACAUAUGACACUGAACCAUGGCUUUCCACCUCCCGGUAGUUCAGCUUCAUCAGAUGACCAAGCUGAGAAGAGCUCUGAUUGUGGUGCUUCAAUUGGACCAGUGAGCUGUAAUAACGACGCUUCAUCAGCACCGGUUCAGCAUGAAUUGAGGCAAAUAAAGUCGAUGAUUGGUGAACUGAGAUCUGCACAGAGUACGACCAGAGUUGAGCAGUUGUUGACAGGAUUGGACACACGAGUGGGGCGUUUGGAAAAGCAACUUGAAAUGGCACUGAACAGUAUUUAUACAUUGGUUCAGUUACAGACGGGAAUCAACUCAUCGGUGACAAGAUUCAGGGAAGAAGCUUGUGAGCAACUCAAAACCGUUAAAGCAAUGCUUAGCGACUCAACCAUUUGA